GCUCCGAUUACUUUCUUUUCUUUCGGCAUGUGAAUAACUUCCAGAAGUACACAGUUAAUACAUGUGUAAUCAUUCGUAGAUAUAUACAGAUGAAUGCACAAAUUUUAAACAGUAUAAAUAUACUAUAAUUAAGCGGAUACUUUUAAAAACAAUUUUAAUUUUCAUUAUAAUAAAUAAUUCAUUAUAAUAAUGAGUUCAAAAAUGAAGGAAAAUAAUGAUGAUCCUGUUAUAAAAGAGAUUCCAGUAUUUUUAUCCAAAAAUCUUGCCGAAAAGUUAUUUAUAUUCCAAUAUCCUAUAAAACCAGCAUCUAAAGGUUAUGAUAAUGAAAAAUUCCUUAAAUCAUCUAUAAAACCUGAAAACCAAGAAGUGAGAAUUGAAGUAGCUAUAGACCAUAACAGUAUCAAUUAUGAUAAGAAGAAAGGUCAACAAAUUGCUCUAAAUGCUGAUGGACCUAUUGAUAAAUUUGAAGAUGACAACGAAAAUCGUAUAUUUGAAAGUAACAUAAUGGAUAAAACUAUACUACAAUCAUCAAGGGCUGUGCCAGAUUGUCAACAUUAUUCAAUAGGUGUAUAUCAAGACGGAGAAUUGCAUAUUACACCAUUAAAAAGUAUUUUACAGUUAAAACCUCAAUUUGACUAUCUAGAUGACUCAAGUAAAACUAAAGAAGAAGCAGAGAAAAAGAAUAGUCAUGAGACUGAAGAGGAGGAAGUUAAACAAGUUAAUGUCAAGUUUGCUCGACAAAAAUCUGAAAUAACGAAGAAAAAACAAGAACAAUCAUUUCAACAACAUGCUAAGAAAAUUUCUGAAGAGCAAUGGAUUAAUACUGAAUAUAGAAAUGCUCAAAGCAGUCAAGCAGAGCUGACACGAUUAGAAAUGUUUUGUUCUUCCAAUGAAACGUCUGCAAAUAAUUUAAGACUUUCUUGUAAAGAAUAUUUGAAACUAUUAGCUCCUGUUGUGAAAUCAGAUGAACAUUCCAAAUCUAAUAUACCAAUCCAUGGAACUUCUCUCAAUUACAUUCGCACACUUCCAUUGCUGGAUCAAGUUCGGAUUAUUAUGAAAGACGCAAAAGUGAUGUCUUUCACGCAACUAAGAUCAAUAAUAAGUUCGGAUCAUGAAACUGGAGCUAUUUUAAAAUACCUGCAACAAGUAGCUGUUCUCGUUCAAGGAAAUUGGAUCGUGAAUAGUGAACUUCUUUACCCAAAAGACAGUACAUCAUCUCACAGUGGAAUUUCUUCUGAACUUAUGUGUAGAGCAAGAGAUUAUAUUUUAUUGUCAUUCACGGAAAAUGAAUUUGUUGAUAGAAAAAAAAUAUCUACAGUAAUAAAAUUACCACCGGAAGAAAUUAAAGAAAUAUUUGAAAAUUUAGCUCGACAUAAACAAAAAAAAGGGUGGCAAUUAAUUAUACCGCCUACUCCUGAUUUUGCUACGCGUCAUCCAGAAAUAGCUCAGAGGCAAGAAAUGUUUUGGGAAGCAAAACGUAAACAUUUGAAAGAUGUUAUUGAAACGCAAAAUCAUCCACCUCAACGACAAAGACGAAAGUCUAAUCGGGAAUCAAUUGGGUCAGAAAACGAAGAAAGAAAUGUUGGACGAGGAAGAAAAACAUUAAGAGAUUCCUCAGUGUCUGAUGAGAGUACAGGUGAGCCUAUAAAAAUUAAAAAAAGUAACAGAUCACGUAAAGUGUCUGAAAAUACAUGACCAAAGGCAUAGAAAAUUAUAAUAUAUUUUGAAAAUAAGUUGCUAUUGAAUUAUAAUAAUGAAUUGCAGCGGUAAAAUUCGUAAGAUUAUUUAUUAGUUUAAAAAAAAUUACGAUAUACCAAUAUAAAUAAUAUUAAGUUAAUUAAUUAUAUUAAGUAAUAUAAUAGAUUUUAUAGAUGAAAAGUGAAAAAUUCAUCAAAUAAACUCUAAAUGGCUGAAGGCCUUCAAGCGAUGGCCAUUACAUAAUAAUAAGAAACUUU